AUGUCGCAACAAACCGAGCUCACCCGUUCUAUGAAGUUGGUACUUGUAACAAGCCUUCUUGUCAUUCUCGCCACUUGUGGAUCAAUGACAACUGUGUUGGCUGUUCGUGGAGUGGACAUGAGUUUACAACAAUGUCAGACUGCCACAUUGGACAAUUGGCGUUGUUUGAAGAGAAAUGGCUUUGAUUUCGCCAUCAUUGAAGUAUGGAACGGAGGCUAUCAAUACAAUAAUCGAAUUUUACAAUGUGUCCAAGACGCCCGUGCUGCUGGAUUUCAAUACGUCGAUGUCUAUGCCUUCAUGUGUCCCAAUUGUCGAAACAAUUAUCCUGCCUCAGCAGCCAUCGAAACAAUGCUUUCCCGAUUGCAUGAUUCCAAAGUCGAUUAUGGUCAAUUAUGGCUCGACAUCGAACAAUGCAACGGAUGUUGGUACAAUGACUUAUCGUCCAAUGCCAAUUAUGUCACAAAUGCAUCGAUGGCAGCUGAAAAGUAUUUUGCAAAGGAAGGAAUGAAUCGACGUGUUGGAAUUUAUUCAUCGGUCUAUGAGUGGCAACAAACGGUGGGAGGAGAGAGUAAUUUGUCGCAUUUACAAUUGUGGUAUGCUCAUUAUGACAAUGCAAGUAAUUUCAAUGAUGCUUGGGCCUAUCAUUUUGGAGGAUGGACUUCUCCAGCUAUUAAGCAAUAUUGGGAUCAUGGUCCUGCUGAAUGUGGUGUCGAUGUGGAUGUGAAUUUCUACUGA